AUGGCCGACAACUUUCAGAACCUGAUCCUGUUCUGUCUUGUUGAUGGACUGCCCUCGUCCAGGGCAUUCGAGAUCGAGGUCUCUGAGACACGUACCGUUGCUCACCUCAAGGACCUUAUCAGGGCGAAACAAUCACCUACGUUCAACGACAUCACAGGGGACCAGCUCACCCUUUGGCGCGUCUCAAUCCCCGUUUUGCCAGCCAACAAACACAGACCAAUUUUCCUGAACGAAUUUCUCGAGUCAGCGACAGAGCUUAGCCCGGCCACGCGUCUCUCAAAGGUGUUCCCUGAGGAGCUGCCUGAAGAGACAGUCCACAUCAUCGUCCAGCGACCCGCUCCAGACGUUCGUGCAGACCUCAGCAAGAUCGUGGACAGCCUCUUCGAUCCAACAUCCCAACACACCGCAUUCCUGAGCGAGUUUGUACAAGGCAUCCACAAUUUGCCCGUCACCAGCGGCAGGAUCUCAGGUCUCCCAUGUGUUGGCAAGCGCGGUCUCGAUAGGCCUCGAACAGCCCCGUCGCUGAUGUUUUUCGACCUUCCUUCUCCUGUUCAGCGUGACAUGACACACAACCAAGCUGAAAAGAUCCUGGCAGAGUUUCCGGGCAUACGUCACUUGCCUCUCUUUGGCGUCAGCGGCUGUGGCAAAACGCGGACAACUGUAGAUCUCCUGUCGAGAUCCUGGGGACUUUACUUUAACGCAGGCGCAGCGGACUAUGGCUCGAGCGACAUGCACACUUUGGUCCAGGCUCUAUCGGUACACAGCGACGUUUAUGUCUCCAAGGACAUCAAGCAGAACACAGAGAGGAUACGAUGCCUUACAUACGGUCUUUUGUAUGCACGGCUGGUGAUCUUGGAACGCUGCCUCAACAUCGUUGGAACCAGGGACACCUUUUCUUGCCAGAGAUGGAUGCUCCUUCAAGUCGCCACACCAGCCUUCGAGGAUAUCUUCCAUGAGCUCUUCCAAUCAAUCAGCACGUACAUACAUAUUUGCCUCCCAAGAAGUACCACUAUGAAUAGCACCAUGGCAAUCAUUGUGCAGGAACAAUUCAGAAAGGUGCAAGAGCUUCUUCGCGGCCGUUCACCAUCCUCUACUGUCCACUCCAAAUUCCUUGUGAUUCUCGACGAGUCGCAGUUCCUUGGCAGGGUCUUCUCAGAAGCAUUCUUCGACAGUGACAUGGCAACUGUCCGUCCAGUCUUGGCUCCUGUACUCUUUGCAUUCCGACGCCUUGCAGAAGGUACUUCUCAGGACAGCAUCUGUGUCAUGCCCUGCGGUACUGGUCUUAGCUCUUAUGACCUGACCUGGUCUGGAGGCUCUGCAUCCGGUGCCAAGCUUUCCGCGGAUGAAUAUGAGGCAAGUAGGCUCUCGGAGAUGGUGGUCGACUUUGCUGGCUGGACGGAUGUCGGCUCGAUUUCAGCCUACCUGAAGCGCCUUCGUCAGGUACUGGAUGAUGGAGGUAAGGAGCGACUAGACGAAAUAAUCCCUGAGGAAGCCGUCAAGACGCUUUUUCUCCAUUUACGUGGCCGCUUUCGACCCAUUAUUUCCACGAUCGAGGACAUCAUCCAGGCGGACGACCCCAUGGUCUGGGAGGAGUGUAUCCAUGAGCGCGAGGAUCGACUGACGACAGCAUGUAUCCCCACCACCGAUGGCGAGAAGAGACGUCUUGAGGGCAACCUUUGUAGCGAGCUGCGUCGGAUGUUUGAGCAUGUCCGCCAAAACAAGGGCAACGUGGCCUAUGCCGAGUUCCGCAAUGUCGAAGCCACCCUGAAGCUCGCUGUGGCCACGUUUAUCACGCAGGGCGGGUACAUGGCGUUUAAGGGUCAGUUGCCCAAGUUGGUGGAGACUGCUUUUGGCCGGAUCAGUCUCAUCAACGGCGACUUCUACACCACCAUCGAUGAGCCCUUUGCACUCUUAGCAGCGGACAACUACUUUCGGACCGACGACCCGGACUAUUUCCAGUAUCGCAUUGACCAGUUAAACCACUGCUCUACAGAGAGAAUACGUAGCAAGGAAUGGGAGGCCAGCAUCCCAUACGAGAUGGUUCGGAUAUUCCACGGUAAAAUAGUCUCGCCAUUACUGUUCCACGGUACCGAACCUCCUCACGACAUGUUUCGGCACAAGGCAUCUGUAGUUGGAUGGACUGGUGUCAUGCGGACUAUCGGCAGCCAGGAGAUAUCCAUGGCCGACUUUCUAGAUGCGCAUGUCAACAACAGGUCGGAACGUGCUGGUCAAUCUGUACCUCCGUUCUUCUACCCUGUGGAGCAUGUGUCGGGUCCGGACAUUCUCUUUGUUGUCCGGUUCAGCGGCUUGGCACCGGAUCACGCCCUAGGUAGCAGCUCGACACCCACUCCUGGCUAUGCAUCUACCGACAUCGUCUGCCCCGUCUUUGUGCAGGUCAAGCUUUGCCAGAAGCUCUAUAGGAACGACGUGAUUGCUGCCCAAAGCACAGUACAGCCAACAAAGAUCAGGAAACAUGGAGUCAAGCUCAGUCAGUUCUGCAAGCCCAAAGGACACUACAUCAGCCUCAUCGUGAGCUACCCUGCCGAGAUUGCCGAGUAUUUCCUGAAGAGGUCCCUUAAUAAGCACUAUGAUGGCCUUACGGAGAUUGCCCUGACAAUCGACGACAGCAACUUCAACCUCUUCUCGGCAGAUCAUGUUCAGGCAAUCAAGAAUAUGAAACGGCUAGCUGUGGAAAUGGCAGACACCGUUAAGGAAGUCAAGCGCCGUAGAGGUGACAAUAUUUCAAGCAAGCAUUAA